AUGAGAAUCUUUGCCUCAAUUUGCAUAAUUUUAUGCUCUACUUUAUCGCAAACUUCAGCACGCGGCAGUCAACAAAUCGUAAAUGGCAUAUCAAGUGAUAUCCAGCCAUUCAUGGUCUCAAUAAGGCACUUGACUAUGGACGCAGAUCGCUUUGGAAGUGGACACAUUUGUGGUGGAAGUAUUUUAUCACACAAUCUGAUUUUAACAACAGCAAGCUGCUUAAUCGACCAAGACAAUCACUUCCUGGAAAUUGCAGAAAUUUCAAUCAUUGCUGGAACUAACCGAAGAUAUGAAGAAUUUAAUGCUGUGUCUGUGUUUCCGAGAGCAAUCAGCAUUCAUCCUAAUCAUGUUGUCAAUAAUAUCGCAUUAAUUGAGACAUGGCCAAUGCCAAAAGAUUCAAGGAACAUUCAUCCUAUAAAUAUGAUAUUGGAACCGCCAAUUCCAGGUGAUUCAUGUGAAAUUUAUGGCUUUGGACAAGCUUUAAGCCUCACUGGACCGGCACAGCUACAAAAAGGAACAAUUCAAAUUGUCGACAGCAGUGCUUGUCAUGGACAUCAAGUUAAUAGUCUUUGCAGCAGUGGAAGUACCUUUCCAUGCAAUGGUGAUUCUGGUGGUGGACUGAUCUGUGAUGAACAGCUUGCUGGACUUAUUGACAAUAUUGACUUUGAUUUUUGUAGAAUUGCUGAGGAUGUCAUGCACGUUAGCUAUAUUGACAUAGGACCUUAUCGUGACUGGAUAAUUGAGCAUAUGAGGACGAUUGAGAUGACUUUGGCUGGUGUGGAUGGAAAUGGAGGGAAAAUGAAGAUAGGAGCUGGCUUUUUGAUCAUUAUUGUAAACUUUUUGGUGAUUUUUAUGCUUAAGAUGUAA